AAAACCCCGAAACCUUUUCGUGAAACCAUUAAAUAUACCGCAACAGAAAGCUUUACAUUGUUCUGCCAUGUAAAGCGCCAAAGGCAGUGAAGCUGUCGUCAACUGGAAAUCUAGCACUUUCCAUUCCAUUCCAUUCAAACCGUAGCCAUGAACAUGCCAGCUUCUUCUUCUAGGGCUCUGAUUGCCUCUAGAUUUGCGUCUACGUUGUCGGUGGCGUCUUCUUUUUCCAAGGACUCUCCCGCCUUUUCAGUGUGGUUCCGGAGCCUGAAAUGUCGGUCUUUGAGCUUCUCGUCGGCGCUGCGAUCGAUGAGGUGUUCAGUCCCACGAUGGAGCCACGGUGUGGAUUGGAGAUCGCCGGUGAGCCUCCGGGCGCAGGCCAGGAUUGCUGGGCCGGUGAUCGAGAAAUUUGAGAGAAGGAUGGCUAUGAUCGCUUCAGAGCAUGCUUUCAAAGAUAUAUUGACAAGUCUUCCCAAGCCUGGGGGUGGAGAGUUUGGAAAGUUCUUUAGCUUACCUGCACUGACUGAUCUACGAAUAGACCAGCUUCCAUCCUCCAUAAGGAUCCUUUUGGAGUCUGCCAUACGAAAUUGUGAUAAUUUCCAAGUUACUAAGGAUGAUGUUGAAAAGACUAUAGAUUGGGAGAAGACAUCACCGAAGCUAGUUGAGAUACCAUUCAAGCCUGCUCGUGUUCUCUUACAGGAUUUUACUGGGGUGCCAGCUGUGGUUGACCUUGCUAGCAUGCGGGAUGCUAUGAAGAAUCUUGGCAGUGAGCCUAAGAAGAUCAAUCCUUGGUUUGUUCCAGUGGACCUUGUUAUUGAUCAUUCAGUUCAGGUUGAUGUGGCAAGAUCUGAGAAUGCAGUACAGGCAAACAUGGAACUUGAAUUUCAGAGAAACAAAGAGAGAUUUGCUUUCCUAAAAUGGGGUUCAUCUGCUUUCCAUAACAUGCUUGUUGUUCCUCCUGGUUCUGGAAUUGUCCAUCAGGUUAACCUUGAAUAUCUUGGUCGUGUUGUGUUUAACACUGAUGGCAUUCUCUACCCUGAUAGUGUCGUGGGUACUGAUUUCCACACAACUAUGAUAGACGGGUUGGGAGUUGCUGGUUGGGGAGUUGGUGGAAUAGAGGCAGAAGCUGCAAUGUUGGGCCAGAUGUUGAAGAAGCAUGGUGUUGUUGGCAAGUUUGUUGAAUUUUAUGGUGAUGGCAUGGCUGAGUUAUCAUUGGCUGAUCGAGCCACCAUUGCAAAUAUGUCUCCUGAAUAUGGAGCAACCAUGGGCUUCUUCCCUGUAGAUCAUGUAACCUUGCAGUAUCUUAAGUUGACGGGUAGAAGUGAUGAGACAGUGGCAAUGAUAGAAUCAUAUUUGUGGGCAAACAAGAUGUUUGUUGAUUAUAAUGAGCCCCAACAACAAAGGGUAUACACAUCUUAUCUGCAGUUGGACCUGGCUGAUGUUGAACCCUGUGUUUCAGGACCAAAAAGGCCUCAUGACCGAGUUCCUUUGAAAGACAUGAAAGCUGACUGGCAUGCAUGCCUCGAUAAUUCAGUUGGGUUCAAGGUUAAUGCAACUACUUUUAUAGUUGGUUCAUCAGAAUUUUCCUGCAUUAGAAUUUUGCUUGUGGUGUUAAUUUUAUAAAAAUUAUUCAUAUCUUCUCGGGGCUUUUCUGUAGGAAACCUUAAUUUUAUUAUUCUCCCAUACACAAA